UCCAUGAGGCCAUGGAUAAGCAAGACAAGCGGAUUAUCCAGCGUCUGUUUGAGAGCGGAGCUGUUCAAGUGCUCGUGGCUUCAAAAGAUACAGCAUAGUCAAUCGCCAUGGCCAGCUACAUGGUUAUCAUCGUGGGUGUGCAGUACUACGAAGGGAAGGAGCACCGAUACGUCGACUAUCCUGUCAUGGAUGUCCUGCAGAUGAUGGGUCGGGCAUGUCGGCCGAAAGACGACGAACGGAGUCGGUGUGUCCUCAUGUGUCAACAGACUAGGAAGGACUUUUACAAGAAAUUCUUGGCGGAGGGUCUUCCGAUUGAGAGUCAUCUUCCGACUCAUUUGUUACAUGACUACUUCCUGGCGGAGAUUGCGGUGAAAACUAUCGAGAACAAGCAAGAUGCUAUGGAUAUUUUGACGUGGAUUUACUUCUAUCGCAGGAUGACGCAGAAUCCCAGUGAUCAAAUUACGGAGAAUAAGCAAGAUGCUGUGGUAGGACGUUUUACCUUUUGUGAUGCUGAAUCGACUCUUCUAACCAAGAUAUUUUCGUGUCACUCCUCACACUUUUCCCAGUUCCUCCUUUAUUUACUUUAUUUAAUUUCCGAUGGAUAUAUAAAGAACUAUUAGUACCUUGUAGUAUUAGUUCAGGUUUUUUUUUCCGGCCGCUCCUUGUAAGAGAGGCGAUCUUUACUGGUCCAAUGUACGGUUCUACCUUCAUUGUAUAGAUGGAUCGGUCUCAUCCUUAUAGAGAAUGAAGCACAAGGGGAGCCGUGGGGGAAUUGGACGAGCGCCAUCCGAGCAGAUAGGUCGGGAGAAUGGAUAGAGUAUACCUCUGCAGUGUCUGUCCUGCAGUGUUGGACAGGAGCUUUGGGCGCUUUACCCGUUCGUCCAAGCGCUAGAUAUCCCAAUGGGCAUAAGGGGCGUGCCUAUUCAGUAGCGCUUCUGU